UUCACUCUAUCAAAUGUAUGCAAAUAUUCUGGUCAUGGUUCAAAUUCCUGAGUGGAGCAGACGCAUAAGUACCCUUCCUGUGGAGCCACUAUCUCACUGUAGCAUGUGCAGCCAUGGCGCCAGGUCUGAAGGUCCUUCUGCUCCUCGCCCUGCUUCUCCCGCAGGACGUGAAAAGCUCCAUGGUCCAUCUGAGCAACAAUGGAUACGAGGGUGUGGUCAUCGCCAUCAACCCCAUUGUGCCAGAAGAUGAGAGACUCAUUCAAAGCAUAAAGGAAAUGGUAACUGAAGCCUCUGCUUACCUGUUUGAAGCCAGCAAAAGAAGGUUUUAUUUCAGGAACAUAAGCAUUUUAGUCCCAGUGACGUGGAAGUCAAAAUCCGAGUACUUAACGCCAAAACUAGAAUCCUAUGGCCAAGCGGACGUGAUCGUUGCUGAUCCUUAUCUGAAAUAUGGAGAUGAUCCCUAUACACUGCAAUAUGGACAAUGUGGGGACCCAGGACAGUACAUCCAUUUUACCCCAAACUUCCUACUGACUGAUAAUUUGGCUGUCUAUGGACCCAGGGGCAGAGUCUUUGUCCACGAGUGGGCCCAUCUCCGCUGGGGAGUGUUUGAUGAGUACAACACAGACCGCCCCUUCUACAUGUCAGGAAAGAAGACUGUCGAAGCAACAAGAUGUUCCCCUGGCAUCACUGGCACAAAUGUGGUCCACGAAUGUCAAGGGGGCAGCUGUGUGACAAGGAAGUGCCGGCGAGAUGUGAAGACAGGGCUGUAUGAACCCAAGUGCGCAUUCAUCCCACACAAAUCCCAGACAGCCAGGGAGUCCGUCAUGUUCAUGCAGAGUCUCCAUUCUGUGAUUGAAUUUUGCACAGAAGAAACCCACAAUAAGGAAGCCCCAAACCUACAAAACAAAAUGUGCAACCUCAGAAGCACGUGGGACGUAAUCAAGGAAUCCGCUGACUUUCGUAAAGCCACUCCCAUGACAGGGACAGAAGCGCCGCCUCGACCUACGUUUGCUCUGCUGAAGUCCAAAAGGCGAGUGGUCUGCCUGGUGCUGGAUAAAUCUGGAAGCAUGGACUCGGGAGACCCUGUCACUCGUCUCACUCGAAUGAAUCAAGCAGCAGAGCUGUACUUACUUCAAAUUAUUGAAAAGGAAUCCUUGGUUGGCAUGGUCACAUUUGAUAGCACGGCUACAAUCCAAAAUAAUCUAACAAGGUUGAUCGACGACAGCUCCUAUCUAGAGAUCAGUGCAAAGCUGCCUCAACACGCUGGUGGUGGAACUUCAAUUUGCAAUGGACUCAGAAAAGGAUUCCAGGCAAUUUCCUCCAGUGGGCAGAGCACCUCUGGUUCUGAGAUCGUACUGCUAACAGAUGGGGAAGAUGAUCAGAUACAUUCAUGCUUUAAGGAGGUCAAUCUCAGCGGUGCCGUCAUCCACACCAUUGCCCUGGGGCCCUCUGCUGCCCAAGAGCUGGAGACUCUGUCAAACAUGACAGGAGGGCUUCGCUACUACGCCAGUGAAGGAGACAUAAACAGCCUCAUUGAUGCUUUCAGUGGGAUUUCGUCUAGAAGUGGCAACAUCGCUCAGCAGGCUCUGCAGUUGGAGAGCAAAGCCUUGAAUGUCACAGGGAGGGAAUGGAUAAAUGGCACUGUGCCUGUGGACAGCACCAUUGGAAACGACACAUUCUUUGUUGUCACCUGGACAGUAAAACAGCCAGAAAUUAUUCUUCAAGAUCCAAGAGGAAAAACAUACGCAACCUCAGAUUUCAAAGACAAUAAACUAAAUUUUCGGUCUGCUCGACUUCAAAUCCCAGGCAUCGCAGAAACAGGUACUUGGACUUACAGCCUCUUCAACAAGGAUGCCAAAUCCCAGCUGCUAACCGUGACAGUGACCACUCGAGCAAGAAGUCCUACCAGGCUCCCAGUGAUCGCAACUGCGCACAUGAGUCAGAGCACAGCACAGAAGGACAGCCCAAUGAUCAUUUAUGCGCGUGUCAGCCAAGGGUUUUUGCCUGUUCUGGGAGCCAAUGUCACAGCCAUUAUAGAAGCUGAAGGUGGACAUCAAGUCACCCUGGAGCUCUGGGACAACGGAGCAGGUGCUGAUACACUCAAAAACGACGGCAUCUACUCAAGAUAUUUUGCACAGUACCAUGGGAAUGGUAGAUACAGCUUAAAAGUGAAUGCUCGAGCAAGAAAAAACAUCACUAAAGAAAGUUUAAAGCGACAGAAUAAGUCUCUGUAUAUACCUGGCUAUGUUGAGAAUGAUCAAAUUAAACUGAAUCCACCCAGACCAGAAGUCCCAGAAGAAACAGCAGAAACUACAGUGGAGGACUUCAGCAGAUUAACCUCUGGAGGGUCGUUUACUGUGUCUGGAGCGCCCCCUGAUGGUGACCAUGCUCAUGUGUUUCCACCCAAUAAAGUCUCAAACCUGGAGGCUGAGUUUAUAGGCGAUCAUAUUCACCUUACGUGGACGGCCCCUGGCAAGGUCCUCGAUACAGGAAGAGCGCAUAGCUACGUCAUCAGAAUGAGUCAGAAUUCUCUGGAUCUCCAAGAAGAUUUUAGCAAUGCUACUUUAGUGAAUACUUCUGGCCUGAUCCCUAAAGAGGCUGGCUCAAAAGAAACAUUUAAAUUCAAGCCAGAAACAUUUAAAAUAGAAAAUGGCACCAUGCUGUACUUUGUAAUUCAGGCCAACGGUGAUGCCAACCGCACCUCCGAUAUCUCCAACAUCGCACAAGCUGUCAAGUUUAUUCCUCCACAGGAACCCAGCAUUCCUGAUCUGUGUACGAAAAUUUCCACACCCAGCUGGACACUUUUUUUAUUUAUUGCAACUUUAUUCAUAUUUUAA